UUGUCGUUUUGCUCCAACCGGGCCUGUGAAUCGAGGGGGAAAAAACACCAAAGUGACUAGUGCGCCAUUGCGCUGCAGAGUGCAGUGCUCGGGUGCGGAAUCCCAACGCACAUGUCGGCGCCAUCUGCUCUUAUUCACGCGCUCUCGUGCGCCAUCGCUCGACCAUCCGCACCUUCCUUUUUUGCGCCUAUUUAUCAUCACCACUCAAUCCUCUCCUUUCCCCUCAGAUCCACCACCACCACCACCCCUCCUCCUCUUCGCUCUCGCUUCCUUGCUUCCAUGGCCUCCAAAGAUGUCGCUGCUGCUGCUGCUGCUGCUGUUUCUGUUGUUGUUGAUGAUUCUGGGAUGGAUGCUGUGCAGCGGCGUCUUAUGUUCGAGGAUGAGUGUAUUCUGGUGGAUGAGCAAGAUCGUGUUGUUGGACAUGAAUCCAAGUAUAACUGCCAUCUGAUGGAAAAAUUGAAGCAGAAAAAUCUGCUUCAUAGAGCUUUCAGUGUUUUCCUCUUCAACUCAAAGUAUGAGUUACUCCUUCAGCAAAGAUCUGAGACAAAGGUGACAUUUCCUUUAGUGUGGACCAAUACUUGCUGCAGUCACCCUCUUUAUCGCGAAUCUGAGCUCAUUGACGAAAAUUACCUUGGAGUAAGGAACGCUGCACAAAGAAAACUACUGGAUGAACUGGGCAUACCUGCUGAGGAUUUACCUGUCGACCAGUUCAUUCCUCUCGGGCGCAUGCUAUACAAGGCUCCAUCUGAUGGCAAAUGGGGCGAACACGAGCUUGAUUAUCUGCUUUUCAUCGUACGUGAUGUUAAUGUGCAUCCAAAUCCUGACGAGGUUGCUGACAUAAAAUAUGUUAAUCGGGAUCAGCUGAAGGAACUGCUGCGAAAAGCUGACGCUGGGGAGGAUGGUAUAAAGCUGUCACCGUGGUUUAGGCUUGUUGUGGACAACUUCCUGCCAAAAUGGUGGGAUCAUGUUGAGAAGGGUACUCUUGAGGAAGCUGCAGACAUGAAGACCAUUCACAAAUUGACCUGAAACUACUAUUGUGAGGUGUUCAAUUCUGCCAUUAUCUUGGGAAAAUUUUCAGAACUCAAUAAUAAUGAUAUGGAAACAAUUUGCAGAUACCAUCUUUUCUUGGUUU